CAUUCACAUAACCAAAAAAAGUAAUCUAAAUUAAAUUUGCGUGUAAACACAUAAAUAAAACCAGAAAUAUUAACGGUUAUUACUGAUAUAAAAGAUUUUAGCAUCAUUAUUGCGUUAAAUAAUUGAAUAAACAAGGGGAUUAAUUUGUUUUGAUAGAGAUGGAACCAAUUUGGUUCAAACCUGAUUUGGCUGAAGAAAUAAUUAAUCAAAAUGAUAUAUUUAAUGAAACGCAUAGCAUUAUUACAGACAUAGUGUCCGGCUACCUUGAUAUAACAAAAAUUGUGGAAAAUAUGGGUGGAGCUCUGACAAACAAAGACGCGGCAAACAGAGAAAAGGGAAUGAGAUUUUUUACAAAAAUAUUAAAAGAGCUGCCUAGAGACUAUUUAUCGGAAGUGCAAAUCAAUUUUAUAUCAAAGUUUUAUAUAGACCGGUUGAAAGAUAACCACAGAGUAAUUCCGGCAGUACUAGAGGGAUAUUUGACUCUAAUCGAAAUGAAGAACUAUAAUUUUGGACUCAGUGCUGAGUACUUUACUGUGUUGUUCAGAGAAGUUGCAUGCCAAUCACAGCUGCGACAAGACAGGCAGAAUAUUUAUAUGACAAUACAAACAUUGUUAGACAAAGAUAUUGAAUGUUUGAAACAGUUAGGUCCAGAUUUUGUGUAUGGUGUUAUUUCUGCAAUAGAUGGUGAAAGGGAUCCAAGAAACUUAUUGUUUCUCUUCAGUUUCUUACCAAAGUUCCUAGCAAACAUUUCACUUGGCCAUUUAGUGGAUGAGAUGUUUGAAGUGAUAUCAUGUUACUAUCCAAUUGACUUCCACCCAUCGCCUGAUGAUCCAGCUGCUGUAUCGAGGGAUGAUCUGGCUAAAGCACUAUGCCCAUGUCUCUGUGCUGUUCAAGAGUUUGGUGAACAAUGCCUGGUGUUGUUAAUAGAGAAGUUAGAUUCUAGUUUGAGGAUUGCAAAGUUGGAUUCGUUAAAUUUGCUGGCUGAGAGCUGUAAAACAUUUAAACCUUCAACUUAUAGUCCAUUUGUAAAAGCAUUGUGGUCUUCAAUACAUAGAGAAAUAUAUCAAAAGACUGAUGAAGAGCUGAUAAUUGUAGCUCAUGAAGCUUUAUCUGCGUUAGUAGCUAAUUUGGCAACUUCAGCUAACACUGAUCAGUGUUUUGAAAAUUUUGUUAAAGGGAUACUUAUAUCCAUGCAAACAUCUUUAGCAGAUUCAAAUACAGUGUCCCAAUUUGUUCAAGCAUCAAGAGUUUUGUUAACAACCGCAAAUAGUUCAAAAGAAUCUUGUAUCAUCGUAACACAGUCUAUGAUUCCAGCAAUUGUUGCAUAUUAUGGUUUCAAAACAUCACUUAAACUUCAGGUAUCUAGCCUAGAAUUUUUGGGUGAUAUGUAUGAUUUGGCAAAGAAAUGGGAUGUUUUAAAUAAUGUUGAAAAACAAAUUGAAGAAAUACCUACACUUUGCCUCACAGCUGUUAGUGAACCAGAGAAGGAACAUCAAAUAGCAGGAUUUAAAACUUUGAUUAGAGCCAUUGAGGCCUUGAAAUCUGAAUUAGUGUUGCCAUUUGUUGAAAUAUUAAUACAUGUUGUACAGCAUUCUGAAGAUGAUGAAGUUCUACUCGUUACUGUUGAAACUGUACAUGCAAUUGCUAGGAAAUUCCCUGAGCUUAUAAUGGAUUUAGUAGUCAAAGGAAAAUGUAGUAUAGAAAAUAUUGGCAAUGACAAGAUUAUGCUACAAAAACGCUUAAAUUUACUGUCAAACUUAGCAAGUAUAGACGAUUUCACUAAAGUUAUUAUUGAGGAGAUGCUUCAAAUUAUAACUGUGAGUGACGAAAAUUCCAUCAAUGUUGUAAAGGCUUUGAGUGGUUCAAUUUCUAACACAAGCUUAUACACACAUGAAAAAGUAUCUCAGAUUGAAAGUGAUCAUGGCUUAAUAGAUUCUAUAUUAAACUGGUUACUAAAAGAAAUUAAAACAGCAUCUAAAGAAUCUCUAGAACACGGCUACAUGCUAAUAUCGAAUACAAUGUGUAGCUUACCUGCUGAGAAACAGAUGGCCAUUUUAGAGAAACACAGUUCAGGAAUUGUUGACAAAUGUAAAAGUGAGGAUUUGUAUUUUCCGCUACUAGAGUGUUUGUACCGAUCAUUACAUAAGAGUGUAACUUGUCAAACAUUUAACAAUAUAAUGACGCUAUCUCUAUCAACAGCUUUAAACAGUGAAAAUGAAUAUGUUAGGACUAAAGCAUGUUGUUUGGUAGCACACUUUUUAAAUAAGGCAGACUAUGGACAGAAAUUUGAAUUGUCAUAUGAGUUAUUGAAGAAUUAUUUAUCAUCAUGCAGUAAAGAUAAUCAAAAUUUGUGUUCACCUUUAAUACAGUUAUUUGCAUGGAUCACAAAGGCCUUAAUUUUGAGAGGGAGCGAUACAUUUAUGUUUUGGUUACAAAAGUUACUACUUACCAUUGCAAACCCAGAUUGCUGUAAGCAAGGUUCAGAAGCAAUAAAACUCAUUAUGUCCGAUUACCCAGACAGUUUGAAUUCCAGGCUACACUGUCGUACAAGUAUACUUUAUAAACAGAGAAUGUUUCAGUCCUUUGCUAUGUUGGCUGAUAAAUUGGGCCCUUUUAAUGAAGAAACUAAAGAGGCAUAUUUAUUAAGUUGGGCAUAUGUGCUAGAAAAAGCGCCGAAAACAGUUCUUAAAAAUGAGGUCUCUAAGGUCAUACCGUUGGUAGUAGAUGGUUUGGACUAUGAUAAUAAAGAUUUGCUUAUAGUAAUGAUAGAUAUCCUAAUUUACUUUGUGGAAGCUACGAAUCUCAUUGUAGCGCAGAGUCUACAGACAAUCCUACCCCGACUUGUUAAGUUAUCUGGAUAUAUGAAAUCAAUGGACGUACGAAUAAAGAGCCUGCAAUGCCUUUAUGAGAUUGCAAAUUCCUAUAAAACGGCGUUGUUGUUACCAUAUAAAAGCGAAAUAUUAUUUGAUUUGGCGCCAUCUCUUGACGAUAAAAAGCGACUUGUGCGCAAUAUGGCCGUUCGCGCGCGAACAAGAUGGUAUCUCGUUGGCGCUCCUGGUGAAGAUAAAGCUGAAUAGACAAAAAAAAAAAACUAUCAAUUAUCUGAAAUUAAAUUAAGAAUAUAAUAUUCUGUAUCAAACAAGAAAAGGAUCUUGCAGCACACUAUUGUGUAGUUAUCAAAAAGGUUGUAUGCGAAAAUUCUUCUGUACAUUUAGUAUUGACUUUCUGAUGAAAUCAGAUAAUUGCGUUUAUAGUACUGAAUUGUUAGUUGAAUAUUGCUGUAUUUAUUCGCGAUUGUUAUUCUUGAAUAAAUAAUUAUAAUUUAUA